UUAAAUCAUUACCUUCAUUUGCCUUGCAGAAGAUGCGUGUCUCCGUGUUGGCAAGCCUGGUGCUGGUGGUGUCCCUGGUGGCACUCUUCGCCCCGCAGUGCCAGGCUCAAGGGUGGGAGGCUGUGGCAGCGGCCGUCGCCAGCAAGAUUGUUGGGCUGUGGAGGAACGAGAAAACCGAACUCCUCGGCCACGAGUGCAAGUUCACCGUCAAGCCUUACAUUAAGAGGUUCCAGUUGUACUACAAGGGGAGGAUGUGGUGCCCAGGCUGGACGGCCAUCAGAGGAGAAGCCAGCACACGCAGUCAGUCCGGGGUGGCUGGAAGAACAGCCCAAGACUUCGUCCGGAAAGCUUUCCAGAAAGGUCUCAUCUCUCAACAGCAGGCCAACCAGUGGCUUAACUCAUAGGCCCUUUGCUCAGCCGCAGUUGGCAAUGGAGGCUCUUUCUCUUGUGUUUUUCCUUUCCACACAGAACCGAAGUGUGGAGGCAUUCAUUAUGUUAGAUUUUGGUUAUAGGAAACUAUGGAUGCACUGAAUGCAACUACUGUACAUAAGAGAAUAUAACAGAAAUUUGUAAUAAACUGUCUUAGUGGGAGUCUUAGACUCUGUUGCCAUUAAGGUACAGUAAAUUCUUUGAUUGAAACUUUGAGUAAACUUUGUCAUUUU